GGAAUAUUUCCUCCUCAAAAUUUUCCUUCUUAAUUUUAUGUUACAAUUUUCUAACACCAUUAACAUAGAUUUACAUCAAUUAGUUUUCACAACAUGUACUCAAAAUCAAACAUUUGUACAAAAUUAUGAUUUUUCAAAAUUAUCAAUUGUUUCAUCACUAUUUCAUGAAUUUUUUGAUAAGUCCUUAGAAUCAAAAUUCUUUGAGACUUAUGCAGGGGAUGAAAAAAUAGCCAUUUUGGGAUUAUUUCAAUGUAGAAAUGACCUUAAUUAUAAUGAAUGUCAUAUUUGCACAAAUAAACUUAUUGACAUUUAUAGCCAUUUUUGUGGUGAAAAAAUCCCAGCUAGAGUUCAACUUUCUGGUUGCUAUUUGGAUUACAAGGUAGAGGAAAAGAGGGAGAUUUCUAAGCUUCAAAUGCUUCAUAAGGUCUGUAGCAAGAAAAGGGAGAAAUCGCGUAGUUUUUCGGAGGAAAUGAGCAAUGCAUUUGAUGAAAUUAAGAGUUGUGGAAUAAAUGGAAAUGGAUUUUGUGAUUUGAGUAUUGGGAAAGUUCAUGUCAUGGCACAAUGUGUUGGUAAUUUAGGUGGUUGUGAUUGUGGUGUAUGUGUGAACAAAGCAGUGCAAAUUGUUCAUGAUGAAUGUUCAUAUUCUUUAGUUGGAGAAAUUUAUUUGGAUGGAUGUUAUUUGAAUUAUAGCUAUGAUAAUAAUAAGAUUUCUAGUUAUGACCUAGAUGAAGUCAUAUUCUGA